UUUCAAAGCUGUUCCAAAACCUAAUCCUCCGUCCCCUGCUUCGACCUCCCGCCGCUAUAUUGAUUUUCGUCGCCCUCGGCGGCAGAAGCCGCUUCUCUUAGCCGGAAAGAUGCAGAUCUUCGUAAAAACCCUAACGGGGAAGACGAUCACCCUGGAGGUGGAGUCAUCCGACACCAUUGACAACGUUAAGGCCAAGAUCCAGGACAAGGAAGGCAUUCCACCGGACCAGCAACGCCUUAUCUUCGCCGGAAAGCAGCUCGAGGAUGGACGCACUCUAGCUGACUAUAAUAUCCAGAAGGAGUCGACCCUCCACCUCGUCCUUCGCCUUCGAGGUGGCGCCAAGAAGCGUAAGAAGAAGACAUACACCAAGCCGAAGAAGAUUAAGCACAAAAAGAAGAAGGUAAAGCUCCCUGUGCUACAAUUUUACAAGGUCGAUGACUCUGGUAAAAUGGUCCGUCUCAGAAAGGAAUGCCCGAACGGCGAGUGCGGUGCUGGGACGUUCAUGGCGAAUCACUUCGAUCGCCACUACUGCGGCAAGUGUGGGCUCACUUACGUCUACCAGAAGGCUCAAGGUGAGUGAAAGAUGCAGUGAUGACCGCUGAGGGGGAUGUUUCUUGUUGAUUUCUGCUAUUUGUUUGGUAAUAUAGCUUGCUUUUAGUCUAAUUGAUUUUGUCAAAUUUUAUGAUGAGAACAUGUUACUUUGCUAGACGCAAUCGCUUAUCUGGAUUUAUUGAGCUAUAAAGGUUUUGUUUUGGACUGUAUUA